AUGGACAUCGAUGACAUUGAAAAGCACAAUGUGCUUCGACUAAGCUGCUUCUCGGGCGGCAAGUCGAUACUAGACAAAUUCCUUGAAGAGGUUGAAAAGAACGAAACCGGUAACAUGCUAUCAAUUUGGACAGUAUCAGAAUCCAGCAUAAUUUCGUCCCAUCCUUGGGUAGAACGAACGCAACGUUUAAGGCCACUUGAAACCAUUGACCUCGACGAACGGGUAAAAUCUGAAUUGAAGGGGGACAUUCGCAAGUUCUUGUCUAGGCAACAAUGGUACGUCAAUUGCGAGAUACCCUACAGCCGUGGAUAUCUUUUCUUUGGACCACCAGGGACUGGGAAGACUAGUACGGCGAAAAGUCUUGCGUCAACAUUCGGUGGGCAACUAUACACCCUUACUCUAGAUGAAAUCACGGAUGAGAACCAUCUCCGGCGACUGUUCAGUAUCCCCAAAAAGGGCGACUUCAUUCUCAUCGAGGACAUCGAUCGUCUUGAUGAUGGCGUCAUGCAGCAAGAGAAUGUAAACAGGCUUGUUGGGACCUGGCGAAGACGAAGGAGAAAUAUAUCACUAUCAGCACUUCUGAAUGCGAUCGAUGGCCCGACGGGUCUUAAUGAUGGGGUCAUACUUAUUAUGACUUCCAAUACAUCUGAACUUGACACAGCACUCGUGCGCCCGGGUCGGAUUGAUCAAACUCACUAUUUCCCACAUGCCACUCAUGAUGUUGCUAGAUCAAUAUUCAUGCGCUUGUACGAGGGCGAUGCUACAACCCAGGAGAGCGAUGGUGCGACAUCGCUUAAUCUAGACCAGCUGGCGGAUGAAUUCGCGCAGCAGGUACCGGCAGAGACUGUGACGCCAGCUGAAGUCCAAGGAUAUUUGACUAUUAGAAGCAAUCCUUCUGAUGCGGUACAGGAUUUUGGGGCUUGGGUGGAGGAUGCGAUCUCCCGGUCUACUCGAAGGUGUCCAAGUACUCAGAGUGCGGACGUAGUCGACCAAGAGGACAUUUGGAUGCAGUCAGCUGAUAUGUGA